AUGGUCGAUCUAGCUUGGAUGAGCAACCCCAUCACACCAAUGAGCAGCGACGGCAGUCACACCAAGAUUGGAUUGCAGUUCUACGACUCCUCCCUUGGAGCGAGCCCAUCUAACGCACCGCUCAUGGCACACUCCCUAUUCAGUCGCCAGAACAUCCCUUCUUGUGCCGGUGAAUGUAUCGCUUCUGCUGACCUCGGCGGCUGUGCAACAACCGACAACGCCUGCCUCUGCAAAAGCAAGGUCUUCGUCUCCAGCACUGCAGCCUGCAUCGAAAGGACCUGCACUGGCUCCGACCUUGCAACGGCUAUAGCUGCUGCUGAGGCGAUCUGCGCCGCUGCCGGGGUAACGUUGAGCGAUCUUCCGACCGUAUCUGCCACCGCAACAGGACCUUCAUCUCCAACAGCAACGUCCGUUGCAUCUAGCUCUAGUACCAGCUCAGGCGGUUCCGGCACAGUCAUGAUCGCGCCAAUCGUCGGAGGUGUUGUAGGGUUUUUAGCGCUGGUGGCUUUCAUUGUUGUGGGCUUGAUAUGGUUUCGCAAAUCCCGCCGAAAGAGAAGAGUAUGGGUCCGAAGGUCUCAAUCACUAACGAGUGUGGAGCAUUCACCGAUCCUCCCCUCCUCCACCAUAGAACCCUUCCCGAUCCCUUCCGCAGCGCCACAGAAUUCUGGACAGCUGCAAAGUAGCAAUAAAUCGGCUUCGCCUGGUGGGCCACUUGCGCCUCCCUCAACGAAGCAACUGGUGGCAACGGGCUUGAUCCCAACCACCACGCAGACGCCAUCGUUGACGCAGAUGUCAUCAUCGUCGGCUAGCACACCUAUCGGCGGAUCAUAUAGCCAUGGGAUUGUUGGAAAUACGUCGAGGGUGUUGUUGCAUCAGGAUAGUGGGAUUCGGUUGCCCAGGCAGGCGGGAGAGAAUGAGGUUGUGGAGAUGCCGCCGUUAAAGGGUGUGUGCAGCCAAUGUUCAGUCGCCGUUAAACGUCGAGACCCAGGAUCGGUCAGAGCAAACACGACUAGUGGGAUUAGGGAUAAUGUUCAAAUUUGUCCUGAAAGGGGAUACAGUCUGCAGAUUUACAACAGCUUCAAGAAAUUACAUGAAAUCCAACAAUAUUUACAGGGCUCAAGUAUUUAA